CGGGGAACAGGAUUUUUGUUAUGAUUCUGAGCAUCAGGGCGAAGCUCUAUAUGCUCGAGGGGGCCGAGUAUGGCGCUUGUGGCAAGAAGUAGCUUAAUAUAGGUCCCGAGCGAGAUAAAAAAAAAUCACCUUUUCAUGAGAAUCUAACAUGAAGAUAGAUUUUAACGUGAUAUUCACAAAAAUAUAAUAUACUUUCCUUUCUUUCCUCAUUUUUUGUUUGGUUGUAGAACUUUUGGGGGCCAUGGUCCAAACUCAUCCAUAUAACAGUGCUUUAUGGGUGGGGUGACCAGGGCAGAGCCCCGGAACUUUUAUAUCAAAGCCAUUUUAAACCUUACAGAUGGCCACUUAUUUAAUCAAAUUGCGUGUAUAUUCAUAUAGCUUUCACACAACACAUAAUUCCAAUGCAGUUGUGUAUCGUAAUCAUCCAAAUAUUGUGAGGGGCACACCAUAGCAAAUGUGGGAAAAUUUGUAAAAAAAAGUCGCCAGCGAGCGAAGCGAGCCAGAAAAAAUGGCCUGUUAAAAUGAAAUUCUAAUUUGGUGAUAGAUUUUUACAUCAUAGCAAAUAUCAUGUCAUAUAUUUUUUUUUCAUUCAUCUCAUUUCGCUGCCUCUUUUAUUUCCCCUUGGCUGCGUGGAACCACCACCCUCGUACGCCAGUGCUUCAACGCAAAGCUUAUAAUGCAGGAAGGGUCCAUAUAGGGGCCCGUUAUAGAACCCAUUAAAGGUUACAGAUGAAGAGCCUCCACUGCACGGGGUCUUGACUCUUGGACAGAGCCUUUGGAGAUUUAGCAAGUUUAUGACAGACUUCCAUACGACAUUAUGCUAUAUACCAUCCAUUUUUCUUCCCGCUCGUUAUAUCGAUCCUCGGCAGCCCGGUAGUGAACGUUAUCUUGUCCCUAUUCUUUAUUUUCCAAUUUAGAUUUUGGCUAAUUCCAUUCUGCCUUUAUUUUCCAAUUUUGUUUGCCUUUUUGUCAUCUUUAAUUUAUUUCCCUGUCUUACUAAUCAUGCUAAUGUAUUUGUAUAUCGGGGAGAAUUGUUCUUCUUUCCUUCCUUUUCCCGUUAUCUUUCCGUUUUCCCCUUUUUUAUGUUUUCUCUUAGUUUUCUUUUCCCUUUUCCUUUCCCUUUCCCCUUCCCCUUUUUUCUUUCCUUUCCCUUUCCCUUUCUUCCCCCUUUUAUUUUUAUUUUUCCCGUUUUUUUAUUUUCCCGGUGAGCUCCGCCAGGGGGGCAGCUUGCCCCCCUGCCCCCCCCCGCCUGUUACGCCACUGAUUCUAAGGCUUGUUUUAAAGAAUUCAUAAAGAGCAAACAUAAUCUCACCAAUCCAAUAAUAUAAUGCGAAUGUAUUUGCGGACUGGAAAUGUUUUUAUAUUCAGACCUUAAAAGGGGCAAUCCCCAUCGGAGGCAAUCACUUUUAGUAGUCGUGUAAAAAAAGCAUAUGUCACGAAAAAAAUCAAUAAUAACUCGUAGUGGGAGGAUAUAUAUUUGGUAUAUAUUGACAUAGAGCUAUUAAUAGCUCCAUGAUAUUGACGAGAAAAAGGGAUGUUUUGUAGUACUGCAGGAUCAUAUCUUAUUGAACACCAAGAAUGAUGAACACAGGCCAUAAGCAAUAAUAUUUCAUAAAGUUAUGAAAAAAAAUCUGAUGUAAAAAUAUAUAACGUAACAUAUUGUAAUAUCCAAUAAUUUCUUCUUCUCCCACUAAGUUUCUUUUUCUUCACUCUUCUUUUUUCUCCCGGUUUUUAUGUCAGCCGAUUUGGGGGCACGCGCCCACAUGCCCCCCCCCCCCCCGUAGUUACGCCACUGCUUCCUCCGUUGUAAUCGGAGAUCCUAUUUUGUGUUAGAUAUUUUGACGUGAGAGUAUCGAGGCGAGAGAGAUGAAUCUCAUGCAAGAACUUUAGAACAAAAUUUUAGGGGUAACGUGAAUUUCGUGAAACCCCCUCAAAAUACUGGUAACGCUGAUCGAUUAAUUGUAAAAUUGCAACAUAAUAUUUGCAAUUGAUUGCACACAUUUUCUUGCAACAGCUCCUAAGUCUAACAAUCUAUCGAUUUCACGGGUAGCCAAUCCGAGCCCAAUGGUGGGUAUAUUUGUCUCUAUUAUAGAAAUUAGAAACGUCCCGAGAAACGUGCUGAUUUUUUGUGCUUUAAUAUGAUAAGAUCAUUCAAUCACAAGUCAUCGUCAACAAUAAUAAAACACCAUUAGGGUAACUGCAAACAAACUGGGUGGGCCUAUCAGAAAAAUGCCGUUGAACGAAUUGCUUUAACAUACCGUACGUAUACCGGAAACAGGCCACGCCCCAAUUGUUUGGCGCGUUUUUAGUAAAAUCAGCAUGCAGCGCAUACCGGUACAUAUAUGCAUAUUAUAUGCUCACAAUCCAGAUUACCCCAACUGAAGCAAGUGAAACUAUUUAUAUCGGGGAAGAUUCCAAGGCAAAAGGUUCAAGAAAAUCCAGCAUAAAGAUGGCGCCUCCAUUGUAUCAAUCACGAAGGAGACGGUUAGACCAGACCAAUUCUGACACAAACUAUAACAUCUUCUACAACAUCAAGAAGACCAAACUGUCUGCCAGGUAUCCAUUCCUGCCUAAGAAACAGAUUGAGAGGAAGAUAAAGCAUCUAUGGGAGAGAGCUUCAGCGGAGAAAAGAGCAGUCCUUUGCUUAACAUCAUCUGGCUCUACUGCUAAAUCCCCCUUCAAAGGUUCUAUACUUCAAGGACUUUGUAAGAAGAAAUUACCCCUGGAGCACAUCAUUUCCAACAGUGCCCAUAUCCACAAUAGUACCCCCACAACAAGCAUGGCUGGUUCUGGUCCUGUGCGUACCCUGCAUUCAAGCAUGAAAGAUCCAUGGUCUCGAACAAGCAGAAAACAAACUCUCAGGAGCUCUUCAAAGAAACAUGUUUCAACCAGAAGAGUAAGUUUCAACUUUGAUCAAUCUCCAUUGCCACCAAGACCAAAUACAAGGAGCUCUAUUAAGGAACAGAAGUCAGAGGAAAGAAAAGUUGAAAAGAACAAAAGAAUGAAGCACAUAUCAACCAAGGAUGGUCAUUUGAGGAAAAGGGAACUGUCAUUUGAAGAGAAACAGAUGUAUGAGUUUCAGGACGAAGGUUCCAAGUCAUGGAAUCACUCUGUAGGUAAGGCUCAAGCGGAGUCUGGAAGAUUGUCCCACUCAAAUCCUGGCAUCAAGGAGCACGUGUUUGCACCUGAACAGUACAACAUUGAAAGCAGUGCGAAUACCAACAUAUUUACUGGUGACAGUCAGUCUCCCACCAUAACACCAGAUCAAAGACCUACAGAAACCACACUUAAUGAUAAAUCUUCACAAAACCUUGGCAAAAAAACAAAAACUAGCAUCAGGAGGAAUACUAAGAGCCUUAAAAAUUCUAACAGAAGAUUACAAAAGAGCAAGGAUGUAAAAAACAAUCCCCAUAUAGGUGAGAAAGGAAAGAAAAAAGAUGGUCCUUCCACAGUUGGUAACCUUGAUUCCUCACAGAGUGAUGAUGCUUUGGAAGUACCGUGGCUUGUCAGUGCUCACCGAGACAGUUCCUCGGAUGAUGCCAGAGAUGAUUCUUCCGAUGACCAAGACCAGGAUGCCUUCUACGACUACUAUCACAAGAGCAGCAGUGAAAGCAGUGCCCCAACUGUUCCUUCUCUUUCUCAAGAAUCUGAUGAUGCUGGUCCCUCAGAGAACAACACCAUGUUCAGUUGGAAUGGAGCUUGUUUCACAAAGAAGACUUCUAGUCUAGGAAUAGACACAUUUGACAGCCAACUGUCUCAGGUUUCAAUGGAUGCAGCUGAGGUUAUGUCCGUGUCAUCAACCGAGGCCAGCCUGUCUUCCGAUAGCCCUCAAUUCAUAUUUGGAUUACCAGGGGAAAUGAUGAUGUCCUCACCUCGAGGGUCUGUGACACAAACAGAUAUCAGAGCAGACUCACCAAUGUUACAAAAUCAGGAGAUGCAUCUAGAAGAUGGCAUGAUGAUGGAAUCACUAAAGAAAUCUGGACGUCAACGAGACUGUCAUCCAUCGCCAGACAUCAGAGAAGAUUUAGUACCACAGAAACGAAAGAGGCGUCUGCAAGAUGGCAUAUUGAUGGACUCGCCUAAAAGCUCUAGACUUCAACAAGACAGUCAAAUAUCGCCAGACAUGAGAGAAGACUCGGCAGUACCACAGAAACGAAAGAUGCGUCUACAGGAUGGCAUGAAGAUGGAUUCACCUAAGAGCUCUAAGCUUCAAGGACUUGUUUCUCCCACAAGCAGGAAGAGACAAAUGAAAGGGCUAGAAGGAGAGGACAUGGUUUCCAUGACUACUGCAAGAAAUACCAAAGAGAACCAGAUACAAGUAUCACCACCGAAGACUGUAGCAUCUCGAGAAGACUCAGUGGUAUCAAAUGAAAGGAAGGUCUUGGUAGAGAUGAAUUCAAAACCUACUAAGCCAGCAACGAAGACAAACAGCACCGAAAGAAAUAAAGAGGAUCAUGCACCAAAGGUUCAAAAGAGGACGUCAGGAAGACUGAAAAACAAGGAAAGCUUGGUGAACAGAUCCUCGGCAAAGGAAGGUUGUACUGAUGAGGGAGGAAAUAUUGCUCAGGAAAUCAAGAAAACCCAGACAACUGAGCAGGAAGAAAUCUUGAUGAGUGAUGGAAUUCUUUGUGAUCUCUUCCAACCAAACCUUUCUUCUGAAAAGAGAUCAUUCAACCCUCAAGGUGAGACAGAGUUUUAUCAGAGUUGCAUGGAUGAUCCAGUUUCAAGUCACUUGUUCCUGGAAGAAAACUUUUUUCUCUAAAGUCUAACCAAGACGUCCAAAUGACUAUUAACUCUUCCAUGGACUGUUUAUCCUGAGAAAAUACCGUAGAUCUCAGGAUACUUCCUUAGCUGAGUGUGUGCCGUGUAACGUCAUACUAAGUAGACACAAUCAAUUAGGCCUUUGCAGUCUUUUGAUGAGAAUCGUACUUACAGAUAUGUUCAAAAGUUAGUGAACCCUACCAUAAAAUGCAUGUAGACAACACAGGUCCUACGAUGUUCGGCGAGCCCAGAGAAACAAACUUUAUUGAAUGAGAUAUUUUAUCACCUGACUUCAUAAUUAAAUAUCUAAAACAUGGCAGAACUUGGACACUUUAAAAUGUUCAUUUUCUAAUGAUGUUCACUAACAUUUGAGCACCACGGUAUGUCUCACUUAUAUCUUUAUCAGACUUUAUGAACCAAUUCUCAGAGAGAUUAUGUACUAACUGCUACUAAAUUCAUUGUACCCAAAGCUCUCGGAGGGGAGACUCCCUGAAAAUUUCAUAUACAAAAUGUCUUCUCGAUAUUGUUGCCUAAAUUUGUCAUGCCUGUUUUAUAUACGUUUGUUCUUUGAAAAAUUCUGUGUUAUUUCUCCUGAAUUCUCCCUUGAAAGAUUUUGCUGAAAGUUUAGUAAUUUUAUUUUAGAAUCGGCAGGUAUGCCCUACCGUUCGUGGGUGGGUGCUACUUUAUUUGUACACAUUUCUUAGAAAAUGAAUACUAUGUACCAGCACUCAUUCAAUAUAUCCUAAAACUUUGAUAAAGUUUUACAAUCAGAAUUGUGACAAUCGUUUGGUAAAAUAUAUCAAAACUAUUAACAAAGAUCCAUCAAUGUCUCAUUUUUGCGAUGAAUAUCAUUUCCCAAAAUGUUUUCCAUGCUUCUUACCGGCCCUUUCUAUUCAGGUAAAUGUAAUGUUUUGAUGCUGGCCGUUAAAUUUUCAAACAGGGUCCUGAAUAUCAUGCAAAUACUUCUACGACGAUACUCAGCAGGAUCCAUAGUCAGAAUGUAGUGCUAAUAUCACAAAAGGAUAGGGGAAUAUGUUACACAUACUGAACAAUUAUUAUCGCAUCAGUAUUUUUUAAUCAGUGUUGUGUUCCUAAAGGAAAAUAAUCAAUGGAAUUCUUAAAUUGGUAACACUGGAAAUUUAAAAGUCAUUGCUUUUAAUGAUUUUAAUGCAAAUUGGCAGAUUCAUCAGUCUAUGUUUAUUUCUUAUGAAUGAGGGAAAAGUUUAGCAUCGAUAGAAAACUAACAAUGUACCAGUAAAUGCUCGUCAAAUAAGGCAUUUCAUCAUUUGCUGUCCCAAAUGUGAAUAGGGUCUCUUGUACAUCUUUUGAAAAAAAAUACUGUGUUAAAGAAAAUUGUCUUUCUUGCCAAGACAGAGUUGCAAUACUGUUUUAAAGGUCUCUUAUAAUAUCUCUAGUUUUAAAAUUGAAAUACAUGUAUGUUAAAGGAAACAGACUCUGAAGUGACAUAUUUGCAUUUGGCAUAUGCACUAUGCAGUUUUACUUUUAUAUAUUGCACAUACUUCAGACUUCUUGUGAGUAAAGACAAUUUCUUUAGGAUUGAAAAGUUGUUUUUGCAAGUUUUAUUUCAUCUUGAUCUUACCAUAGGAUGGCACAACUCUUAUUAUGGCUGCACAUAUACCAUAUGUAAUCUUUGGAAUACAUGUACAUGUGAUUGUAUAAAAAAAAAAUGUGUGUUUUUUUUUAUAGACUUGAACAUUCCUUAAAAAAUAUUGAUAUGUGCAAAAGCAAUUAUUUUUAUGUAUAAAAUAUGACUAAAUUACGAUGUGAUUUCUAUUGAACAUUUCCUUUAGUUUUGUAUAUCAUUGAUACAGUGCAUCCCACAAAAAAGGAAACCAGUAUUCAGAGAUAAAUUUCAAAAUUAUCAAAAUAUUUUUACUAUAAAUUUAAUACUUUUGGUUAGAGUGGAAUCUCAUCUUUAAUUUGUGACCAACAGCAUAGCAAAUUAUUCAUGCAUAGCAGAUUACAAACAACAAAUAUCAAGGCUUAUCACACACAAUUUGCAAAAAAACAACUAACAUGUUAAUCUGUACCCACUCUCAUUUCAGGGAUCAGUGAGAGAACCUUAAAAGAAGUGCUAAUGAGUCAAACAUUGAAUAAGCAAGGUUGUCUAUCGCGAACCAAUCUUGUCAAAUUUUUGUGCACAAUCUGAUAUUGUCAUAUUGACAUUAAAAUUUCAAACUCCUCUUGCUCACUAAUGUGUGAAGUGUUUGUCACAUGUAUAUUAGGCAUCAAAAUGUAGAGGAAUAAUUGAAUUGUAUGAUAUAAAUGAAAUGUCAUUAUUAAAUCGCCUUUGAAGAAAAAAGAUGUGGGAGUCCCAGUUUCCUUUUUUCUGGGACGCACAAGUUUUGUGAUCCACCUUAAAGUUAAUGAAUUAUGUUUUCAUAAUAACAUUAAAACUUUUCUAUGAAUUAUUUAUUUAAUAAUGAGCAGAUUGAACCCUUUUUUUAGCACUUUCACUUUAUUUUUCCCUCUCUCCUAAGCAUUUUUCAAGCACUUUUAAACUGGACCUCUCCAGAGAAAUUGCGCCCCCCUCCCCUUCAAAUGUAAGUUGCUUUUUACAACAGACUAUUGUUUUAACAUAAACAAAGACCUUUUUACUAUUUGAUUUCAAUGUUUGUCAUACAACAUUAUAAACUUGUAAAUUGUUCAUGCAUUUGUUUUGAAGUUGGUUAUAACAUUCAGUGUUCGCUUUAUAAAAUGGAAUGAAAUAAAAUUUCACAUUGAAAUGUUUCUUCAACAUAGCAAUUUAUGUUCUGCUUGAUAAGUUAAGGCUCAGUAAGCAUCAUCAACAGCGUGAAAUUUCAUAAUUUUAUUUUUAAGUGAGCUUCCAAAAAGAAUUUGAAUAAGGUACUUUGCCUCAGUCAAAUAUUUUGGGAUAACGGCAGAUUGCAUGAAAGGGUCUUUCCAAGGACCGUCUUUUGUGUCGCCCGUCUUUUAUGAUGCCCUGUAUGUGGGAUAUUUCUUAAAUUUAUGACACAAUUUGUUAGCUAGCUUUUAAAUCAAUUUUUAUGCAAUUUCAUGAGAUAUCACAUAAUUUUAUAAACAAUGAUUUUGUUUACUUUAAUGGACAAAUAAAAUCUGUUUGCAGGUAAUUUAUUGAAAAUGUGAAAAAAAGAGGUUUGGGGUAUUUCACGUAAUACUAAUAAAGAUUUUUUUUUGGGGGGGGGUGUUUCACAAAGAAUUUUGUAUGACCAAGAGUCUUGCUUAAGUGCCAAUGUGAACAUUUCAUUUAACAUUAAUUGAUGACUUCUCCACUGCAUUCACCCCCUCAUCAUGAUCUGACUAAUAUUGCAAAGUUUAUACUUGUAAUAUAAGUAUUAGACUUAAAUCAUUGUGAAACAACCCCAAUCAGACAAACAUUUUUCUUAAAUAAAAAAAAAGAAUUUAUCAAUGUUAGUGGGGUGGUCAAACCAGAGACCUU